AUGGAUCUCACCGGCGAUGUUGAGACGGGCCCCGCCCUAUCUCAGCUUUCUCCGGCGGGAUCCGGUGCCUCUCACCCGGCUUCGGAAGCACGCGCUGCGGCGGUUACUUCUGCCCAGGUGGAGGCAUAUGAUGAUGUUGAAUUAAGAUUAUCCAGUUCUGAGGAUCUGGAUGUCGAAAGUUUUGCAUCAGAGGGUUCUAGUGUGACACAUUAUACUGCAAAUGAAGAAGAGAACGUAGCAUUAAUGCAAACAUCCACCCAAUCAUCCACAUACGAUUUCCAAUAUCCCGGAAAAGCAGUCGAUGGUGUACUUGAAACCUAUGCCCACACUAACACGCAGACCGACCCGUGGUGGAGAGUGGAUCUGAUGAAAGUAUACAGAGUGAACAGAGUGACCAUCACUAACAGAGUGACCCCCUCUUUUUAUACCAGGAUAAACGGGGCAGUGAUUCGUGUCGGGAACUUUCUGGACAUUUACAACAACACCAUAUGUGCUGUAAUUUCCACUAUUCCAUCUGGAGCCACGGCUAACUACUCAUGCGGCGGGAUGGAGGGACGUUACGUGAUUGUCCAUAUUCCUGGAGAUCAGAAGAUUCUUACUGUUAGUGAGGUUGAAGUCUAUGGGUAUUUAGCAGGAAAUCUGGCAUUAGAUGGCGCCGCUACACAGUCGUCAACAUCUGGGAGCUGGUUUGCUGGAAAGGCCAUUGACAGUAAUCGAGGUCUCCAGCAGUUGUACACGGGAUGCUCCUCAACCCUUUAUCAGACUAACCCGUGGUGGAGGCUGGAUCUGCGACAUAUUUACAGAGUUAGUAAAGUGGUUGUCACUAAUAGACGAGACUGCUGUGCAGAACAAAUAAACGGAGCGGAGAUUCGCAUCGGGAACUCUUUGGAGAACAACGGCAACAACAAUCCCAUAUGUGCUGUUAUUCCUGCUAUUCCAGCAGGCGAGUCCUACAACUACUCAUGUGGCGGGAUGGAGGGACGUUAUGUGAAUCUGAUCAUUCCUGGAGACAUGAAGAGACUCACUCUCUGUGAGCUGGAGGUUUAUGGAGAAGGUCCCUGUUUAAAAAGGUCAUUUGUAAAAAUGAAGUUUAACACCAACAAUGAUUUGACUGACCCUUCAAUGAGAGAAAAUGUUCUGAAACAGUUGAGAUCUGCUCUUGCUGAUAGAGGAUUCACAGAUGUGACACUGCGAUGGACUCAAACUCCUAAACUGUUUAUCCAGAAGGUGAACGAUGCUAAAGGUGAGUCUUCAUGA